AUCUGUGGAGUCUCGACUGUCGAGCAGACAUGUUUUUUUCAACAUGACGUCGCUGAUUCUCCGGUGCCGCUUUUGAAAUGUUUACGCUGUUAUGGUGUUUUCAGCUCGUGUUGGUUAGAUUACUUGGCGUUUAGUCUGUGUUUAUUGAACAUAGGAAUGGUUUUUAUGAGCUUUUAGCCGAGUUUCUGAGCUUUCUGUGGGUAUGCAGCAUUAAUCAAAAUCUUUGAUUUGAAUAUGCGUCGCGGUACGUAUUUUUGGGGGCUACGGGGAAGAAGGGGUUUAAUAAUAAAUGGGAAUCAAACUUAAGCCACUAGGAGGCAACAUAGUGCCAGCUUCCUGUCUGCUUAAAUUCAAAGAAGAAGACCUGCGAGAGCAGAGGACUCGACUGUUACGAAGCCAGUCAGUUGGGCUUUGUAAUCGGUUACCACCGUAAAACAAUCACGUCAAAAUGGUUGUGUAUCUUCAAGACGGAUUGGGUAGUUAAUAAUCAUCCAUCAACGUGCUUGGGGAAGGCAUAGAUCAUGUCUGCAAUCAAGAUUGCCCUGCAGCAGAGCCAGAAGAGUGGCAGAAGGAAAAAAUCUGAAGCCAUGUCUGCAGAGGUGUCGCCAGACUCUAAGUGUCCAAUCUGUUUGGACACAUUUAACAACAUUUCAUAUCUGGACCUCUGUCUGCACAAGUUCUGCUUCCGUUGUAUUCAUGAGUGGUCGAAGAACAAAGCGGAGUGUCCCUUAUGCAAACAGCCAUUCAAUUCUAUCUAUCACAGUAUAAAAUCAGAGCAAGACUUUAAGAAAUAUGACUUGCAACCAUUAAAUAAUGGCUCUUUUGGGUCCUUUGGGGGAGUGCGUUUUAGGUACCGCACAACUCUUACUGGAGUCCACAGGCAGAUGCGUGGAAGAACCUCUCCACCUCCGGACAAUGGAGUAAUGUUUGAAGGCUCAACAAUGUCUUCCCAACAACACCAGGAUCGUUACAUACAACGCAUGAUGACGAGAUUGGCAGCCAAGAGGAGAGCUGCAAGGGAAGGCCGGGCCGUGAGCAACGUCAGAGAGCAGGAAAUGAUCAACUUCAGAAGAGAGCUGUAUCGCCAAGGGGUUAAGGUUCGGACUGUCCGAGAUGGUGGACGCUUACGCGACAACUCAGCAGAGUUUUACCGCAGAAAUCCUGCCUGCCUUCAUAGAUUGGUCCCAUGGCUUAAGAGAGAACUCCUUGUGCUAUAUGGGUCCCAUGGCUCUUUGGUCAACAUAGUUCAGCACGUCAUCAUGUCACGCAUUACACGUUUUGACAUGGAGGAUGGAGCGAUUCAGGAAGAGCUCAGGCCAUUCAUCCAGGGGCGCACCGAACACUUUUUACAUGAGUUCAUCAGCUUUGCAAAAGCCCCAUUUAAUAUGGAGGCGUAUGACCAGCAUGCGGUGUACGACUGCCCAGCUGCUUCGUCAAACGAAGACAGCAGCUCCAACUCAUCUGUAAUAGCCAUCUCAGAGGAUGACGAACAGUCCAUGGGGUUGGACCUCCCGGGAGAUUCCAUGUCUAAUUUGAGUCAUUCUGUUUGGGAUGAUGAAACGCCGGGGCCUUCGUAUUCUACGACAGCAGAGCAGAGCAGGGCGGACCAUCUAUCAGUCCUUGACUCAGAGUCGGACUCAGAAUCUGACAGCAGUUUAGAAGAGGAGACACAAGAGUUUGGAACUUCUCCGCAGCACAUGUGCUCUCAUAGCCAAACAGACAUGACUCUUCGCGACGUUAACAAUGAACAGUCUGUCUGUCUAUAUUCUGACAAUGAUGAUUGUCUCAUCAUAGGCUUUGUCAAGCCAACAGUUGACAGGACUCCAGAGCUGGUUCAGCUGUCUUCUGACUCUGAUGAGUUUGACACUGAAGAAACCAAGGAAGUGCCUCUUUUACCUCAACACAUCCGUUUCUGCAGUCUCACUCCCCCAGUUUCACAGAAUAGCAAUCAGGGUGUUGCAGAACAGUCAGGUAACAUAGACACAGACCACCAUCAUCAGUUUGAUUCAAAAAAAAGAUCGGAUAGACCCAAGCCAUCCAGUAAGUCAGAUAGAAAAGAGAGGCACUGGUCAAAGGACAAAGACCACAGGAGAAGACGGAGAUCUGGUAGUAGAGAGCGCAGACAUUCAAGCAGGAGUCCUGCGAUCCUGCAGAGCAGUGUCAGCGCUUUAUCCAGGGAAAAAUGUAAUUCUUACUUAAGCAGCAGGAACUCACCUGUAAAAUGUGACAGUAAUUACAAAAGGAGGGACAAUUAUCGAAAUUAUCAGUCCUAUAGUCAUUACAGCAAAGAGAGAAAUGAAGGCGGGAUGCAUUAUACAGAGAAGCGGUCUUACUAUUACAGUAGUCGCAAGUACCCCGAUAGGCGCUCUCACUCUAGGAGCCGUAGCAUAGACUCACGGAGACAUGACAGGAGGUAUUCUCGGUCUUAUUCCAGGAGUCGCUCUCCUUCAUUAAAAGGUAGAUCUCACCACGACAAGCCGGGUGGGAAGAGGAAAUACAAGACGAGACAUUUGGAGGAACCGUCCAAAGACACACUUUCCAAAUCAUGUGAAGGUGACUCCUCCACGAUCUCAUCAAAACACAAGAAAAAGAGCAAAGAGAAGCGUAGAAAAAAAUCUAAAGAAAGGUCUAGAAAGACUAGCAGGAGCCUCAGUGUGGAGCUAAUCGAUGAGGAAAACGCACACGAACGAGGCAGACGCCAUCAUAAGAAAAAGAAGAAACACAAGAAAAGGAGCAAAAGGCACAAGAGUCAUGAGCGCACAGAAAAGCACUCACCCACUGUCAUCACCAUUGACAGUGACAGCGAUUCUUUUGCUAAUAUCUGUGUCACCCAGGCCAGCAGCAGCACACAUAAGGACAACCCUGUUGACAGUACCACAGAUGACCUAGUGGACCCUGCCUCUCUGACGUCGCUAUCAUAAUUGUGUCCAGAUUCCUGCUGUGUUUGCCUUUUAAUACCUGUCAGCAGUAUUGAAGAUCUAAACUGUAUUCAUCAUAUCAGACCUCGAUGGAUAAGGUGAAUACAGAUAUCUCCUUUACGUUUUCAUUGCCAAUUGGACUGUGACAUAAUGACACGCAGAGAUGUUGGUGUUGAGCUGUGGAGUGGUGAUCAGUGGACAAAUGACUGUUUCUGUUGCUGGUGGUGUUACCAACACAGUAAAACAAUGCUAUUUUAUGUGCCGUGUGCCAUUGUUGAACAAGUGCCACUUCUUAUUCUGGACUUUAAUUUUCUUCAAUGAAUGCAUUUUAUUUUAAAAAGUGCUCUCAGGGAUAAUGUUGAGUACAGUGAUUGCAUUUGUUUUGACACAAACCAAGCUGUACCUUCUGCUCAUGGAGAACAGCUCACUAUCUGCAGUGUAUGGAUAUAAAUAUGGGGGCUUUUGUAUUGGUAAUAAAUUGCAUUGGUCAACUUUU